ACGCGAACGAUACCAAGCCACACCGAACAUAAGCCACAUGCGAACGAUACCAAGCUACACAGCGAUACCAACCCACACGACCCAAUGAGACGCCAUGGACUCAAGACACCCAGGAAAGACCAUAUCGACAACAGGAACCAGCUUAUCGCAGGAAAGAUUCCGUACGAACCACCUCCAACAAAGACAACCUACCUCCGGUAACACAAGUGAACACAAUAAAUAUAAUCCUCCCGUACCGCAGCAUUCAGUGUUAGGAAAGAGGACACGGCAUGACAGCCGCGAGUCUUCUAGGGAUCGCAGCAAUCCUACCAACAAGCCUUGCAAUAAGUGUUCCCGCAUACCCUGGGACAAAAUCGACCAGUGGAUGGGCUGCAAGGGACGAAUUGACUGGCACGGUAAGCUGGUCGUGAACGUUGGGAAACGCUAUCGAAAUAGUUUAGAUUCCUCGCAAUGGAAAGGGAACUAUUUUGGCGACCGGAUACAUAUCUUCCGGCACCUCCGACAUCUUACCCAUGUUAACGAUUUCCAAACUUCGAUGAACGUACUCCGGAAACACAAUGCACCAUAUCACAUCGCUGUUGUCCCAUUCGGACGCGGGUGGCGAGAUAACCUGCAGGCGCAUAUAGCGUCACAUGGAAUGGUUGUCGUUAUACCCAAAGGAUGUCCACAAUCAGAAAUCUUCAGUCCCCAACAAGUAUCUGAAAAAUUCGACCCUAAUGUCAACGGAAUGAAGGUGAUUGACUGUGAUUCUGAGGAUUGGAUCAUCCGGGACCAUCGCCCUGUCGACAAAUACGUAGCUCUCAGCUACGUGUGGGGAAGCCCAGCCCCAAGUAAAAUGCCAACAUUGGCACUAACUGGGAACGAGACGCCGCAAAGAGAGAAGUCCGUUUCAAAUCAGACCUCGGCUAUGGUGGUCAAAACAACUCAUUGUGCUGCUGCUGCACCUGAGAAUAAAUCGGUAUCAAGGCUUCCCAACGAAAUUCCACUCACUAUUCGGGAUGCCAUCCAGGUAACCAAAGCCCUUGGCUACCGCUUCCUCCGGGGAGAUAAGUAUUGCAUUGAUCAGAGUAGCGAAACCGAGAAGCAACAACAGUGUAGUCGUAUGGGGGACGUCUACGCUGGCUCGCAGGUAACAAUUUUUGUAUUGGGAUCUGACUCAAACUAUGGGCUGCCUGGCGUAAGCUCAAGGCCCCGGCUCCGGCAACGACAAUGUACGACAAUCGGGGAGUACAAAUUUAUAUCCACAAUGCCUGACCCGCAUAUCUCUAUUAGCCAGUCCAAAUGGUCGACCAGAGGAUGGACUUAUCAAGGACUGUUUUCGACUCGUCGCCUAUUCUUCACCGACUAUCAAACACAUUUUGAAUGUAACGCAGUGAAUUGCGUGGAAUCCUUCAAGAGCAACCUGAAAAUUCUCCACAUCCAAACUGGUCAACGUUUUAGGGCCUAUCACCGCGCCGGGAAAUUCAUAUGCGGUAACUCAAACAAAUACUCUCAUCUCGACGUGAGGCGAAAUGAAGCGAAUCAUCGCAAGAUUGAUAACAUCCGCAGAUGUCAAUACUACAUCCAAGAGUACACCAAAAGAGAGUUGACGAAUAAGGACGAUGUCUUGAACGCAUUUGCAGGUAUUGCCCGCUUCUACGCCAUAACGACCGCAAAGAUAGCUAGUUUAGCUGGAAUACCCAUUCCUUUCCCAAUCGCAAUGUCAGGGAACGUUAGACGGGUACAUCUAGACCAUCUCAGCUACGCUCUGGCCUGGACACAUCAAAUACACAGAUUUACUGGACCAAAACUGAAGAAUCCUAAAAAUCUGUCAGUGCGCAGGCAAUUACCCUGGACUCCAUACGAUAAUCCCAUGCCACAACGUAGGAUAGGAUUCCCGUCUUGGUCAUGGGCUGGGUGGUUUGGCGAAAUCGGAUUAAGGGAGGACCUUCCUUACUGCUGGACCAGUUACCUGGGCUCUGUGCGGAUAGGCUUUCAAGGAGAUUACCCAAAAGACUUCGCAUGGUUGACAGAGUUAGCACGGUACAAGCAUCUCAUCAUACAGAAGCUUCUUACAGCAGUCGAAUUGCGCUUCGACGCAUAUGUCCUCAACCCUGAGAAGCUGAAAUUUUGGGUGAAGGAUCCACACAUGCCGUCCAGGCAGAUCCCUUCUAAGGCUAUACACGUGAACCUAUCGAAAGGGCCAUGUUCAUUGGAAAAAUUCCACCAAAAGCUAAUGGACAGAGAAUUUGAGUGCUUGGUAAUAGGAACGUAUGGGGAACCCCGCGAGGAUGUCUUCAAAGCUAUUCAAGCCGCGGACAAGAAAGCUCCGAAGGCUCGCAAGAGUCGGAUAGGCUUAUUUGAGCGCCGAGAGCCGGAUGCCAUUAUCUGUCUCGUUGUCUAUACAGUAAAGAAAACAUCCAUUCGGAGAGGACUUCUCAAGAUUGAGUUUGAUGGCUCAGGAAGAGAAUGUCUAUUGCGGGCGUGGGAUUUGGGUUCAAAAAGAAGUUUUAUAUUGAAGUAGAUGUCAG